AUGCAAGAUGAUGAACAUAAAAUAUUUUAUAAUAUUCCUCGUCAUUCCUCGUCUUUUAAACUUCUGGAACUUGAAGCUCUUUGGAAAAUGUUUCAACUUCUGCCGCGUGUGACAGGUAUAAACAUCACCAAAACACAACCCCUUACAACUGAAAGUGAAAAAGAAAACUUUUAUUCUGAGAUCAAAGCGGCGGAGGUAUCUGGGUGGGACUUUUCGAAUCGUUUUUUCAUCCUCAAUGGAACGAAUGAAGGAAACCGCUUAAAUUUAAAAACUACGUCAAUCGUCCCGGUAGAUCUAAACUCAUUAGUGUAUUGGAAUGCAAAUAUAUUGAGAAAUUUCUACCAGCUGGUCCUAGGAUAUUCAUGUCACCGUCAGGGCAGAGGAAUAUGA